CGCCCCUUUCAGGCGGUGACGCAGGCGGUGACGCGACGGAAGGGGCGGGGCGCGGCGCCAUGGCGGAGCUGGACUUGCUGGGCUCCAUCCUCAGCGCCAUGGAGCGGCCGCCCGGGCUGGGCGACCAGGAGACGCGGCGCCGCGCGCGAGAACAAGCCGCCCGGCUGAAGAAGCUGCAGGAGCAGGAGAAGCGGCAGAAGGUGGAGUUCAGAAAGAGGAUGGAGAAGGACGUGUCUGAUUUCAUCCAAGACAGCGCACAGACCAAAAAGAAAUUCCAGCCCAUGAACAAGCUAGAACGCAGCAUCCUGCACGACGUGGUGGAAGUGGCCGGCCUGACGUCCUUCUCCUUCGGUGACGAUGAGGAGAGUCGUUAUGUCAUGAUCUUUAAGAAGGAGUUCGCCCCGUCGGACGAGGAGCUGGAGGCCUAUCGCUGUGGGGAGGAAUGGGACCCACAGCGGGCCGAGGAGAAACGCCGCCUCAAGGAGCUGGCUCAGAGGGAGGCGGAGCAGGAGGCGCUGAGGGGCCCGGCCGUGGUGAACCCCAACACCGACUACAAGGACAAAUACAGUCACCUCAUCGGCAAGGAGGCCGCCAAGGACGCCGCCCACACCAUGCAGGCCAACAAGGCGUACGGCUGCGUUCCCGUGGCGAACAAGCGGGACACGCGCUCCAUCGAGGAGGCCAUGAACGAGAUCCGGGCGAAGAAGCGGCUGCGGCAGAGCGAAGACGAGGGGCCGGGCGGGGCCGGGACCUCCUAGUGCUGGGGGGGGGGCGUCCUGCCCAGAGUGGGGGGGCAGGGAGCAGAUCUCAGGGACUGACCCCAGACCUGCUGCUGUGUGUGAACCUUGCUUGGGGCGUCCCGACUGGCGGGGGAGGGGGCUGCCCUGCCCCCCAUGUACCCAGGUAACCCCCCGCCCCCACUAUUUACCCGGUAGCCUAGGAGUGAUUUUAGGUUUUCAAUUGGGGGCGGGGGCGUAUUUUAAGUGAUUUUGUUUGGAAUUGUUUUUUCUCUCCAGCUCGGGGAGGGGGGUGAGUGUGAGCGGGG